AUGGCUAAUGGCUAUAUAAAGUAUCGAAUGUGUUUACUUGUCAUCAAUUCAUUUCAUCUAUCAAUCACAAUGCUGUUUUUAAUACGUUUUGUUCUUUUACUCACAUUCAUCUACACAACUUAUGCAGCUAUACUCAAAUCUUCAAUGAAUAAUAACUAUCCUCAAGUAGCCGUAUUAGGAUGCGACUCAAACAAAGCAAAUCUUUAUUAUGAUGUUCAACGGCAAGUAUGGGUCGAACAUUUAAUUAGUCCGUGUGUUAACAAUGAGCAAAGUAUUCUUGAAUUUUGUCAACAAGCUUAUCCGUCACUUAAUAUUGGUAAUAUCGUUCGACUUGAAACUGUAUUACGUUUUGAGAAUUGGUGUGAAUUGCUUCCGCCAGUUGAUAAUAAUAUUUCGCGUUGUAAGGAUGGUGAUCAAUCUGAGGAAGUCGUGCAACCAUUUCGUUGUUUACAUGUUAAUUCUCAACGCGAAGAAACAACCUAUCCUACUCUCGAUUGUACAAUCAAUCGUAUUAAUCAAACUGGUCAGUGCUUACGCCCUGAAAAAUGGCAGCAAUAUGCAGCACUUGACUGUACGAAGAAAUCAAUGGUAUUAAACAGUUCGAUUAUCACUCUUGAUUGGUGUGGACUGUCUGCUUUCCGUGGUGUCGAAUACAUUUGCUGUCCGCAAAAUGAUAUUAGUGUCAAAACUGAAUUUGAAACAGGCUUCGCUGAUUCGGUUGAUGAUCUAUUGAAAGAAGAUGAUCCUGUACAAGAUUUUGUUAUCGUACCAAAGACAAGCACGAUGGUAACUCAUCGAAAGAUCAUUGCUAUGUCACUUGCAUCACGUGAACCAAACUGGAUGGAAGAUUAUCGUCAAUGGAAUUCCGAUCGAGGAUAUUUCUCUGAUGAUGAAGAUACGAACGAUGAUCAAGAAGAAAUAAAACUAUCAUCACCACAAAAGUCCCAUUUGACUCUGAGUGAACAUGAACGAUUUACAAAAGAAAAGCAAGAUUUUCGGCGAAAAUAUCAACAAAAAAUUGAUGAUUUAAAAUCUCGUUGGCAAAAUCAACAAGAUAAUAUCAAAUCACAAGCCAAACAAAAUCCGACCGAUGCCCAAAGACAAUAUGAAAGAACUGAAAUCGAAUACCGUCAAGAAUAUGAGACGAUUAAACAAGCAGCUAGUCAAGAACGAACACGUAUCAAUGAAGUUCAUGAAAAUAAUCUCGAUCAAGUACUCGAUGCAGCCAAAGAAGAAACGAAUCAAAAAUUAAUUACUGCAUGGAAUGAACAUCCACUCAAGCCGAAAACGAUUCAAGAAGCCUUAUACAACUACAUUCAUGUUUUAUUGCGAGAUCGUAUACAUCUUGUUAAUCGUUAUGAGCGCUUACGUGCUGUCGAUCCUCUACAAGCAGAACGUAAACGAGUAUCCAUUCAUGAACGAUUACGUUCAAUUGCUGAUAAAAUCAAUCAAGCGUUGACUCAGCUCCAACGUGACGCGGCGAUCCAAUCUGAAGUCCAAUCUGAAAUUAAUGAACUUCUUUUGGACUAUGAUGAAGUCAAUCAAGCAGCGGACAAACUAGUAUCAACUUACAUGGCUUCUUUAUCAACAACAAGCAAACCUCGAAUUUUACCGUUAGGCCGAGAUGAGAAAAAGAUCUAUCCAUUCUCGAAAUCACCAUCAAAUAAAGUCACUAAUGACGAUAACGAUGCAAAUAGUGAAUACAACUAUGAUACGGAAGAUGAUUAUGACGACGAUGAUGACGAUAGUGCAACAAAAGGAACGAAUAAUGCUGAUCCAGUAGAAGUUGGUGAUAGUAACUGGGACGUUGACGUUGAUUCAGAUGCUACAUUUGAUGUUAAACUCGUACCAACAAAUGAUGAGCAAGCACACAACGAUAUUCGUCCAUUCUCACCAAAUAAUGAUAAUCAAUCCCGACCUGUUCGACGUCCUUCAUUCCCAACGUAUAUUCCAUAUACUAUUGGAAGUAUCUUAUUUGUGUGCAUCAUUUUCGGCAUCGUCAUCUUUCGUCUCAUCAUCCAACAACGAAGAAAACAUCAGUAUGGUAAAUACGAGAAAAAUUAUACAUUCACUGAAGUUGACUCAUGUACGCCGGAAGAAAAAGCGUUGCAUACAUUGCAAAUGAAUGGCUAUGAAAAUCCAACCUACAAAUUUUUCGAAAGUCAAACACCUAAAUGUUAA